AUGGGAGUGUGGCUAAACCCUCUAAUGCGACUUGGGUCCAAGAGGGACUUGGAAAUAGACGAUCUGUUCGGAGUUCCACGGGAAGAUGAGUCAGAGAGACUUGGGGACGAACUUCAGAGACAAUGGGAGAAAGAGUUGAAGAAGGCCGACGUGGUAGAUGGCCACAUAGACUCGUGGGAAAUGACUAAGAAAGACAAGCGGGAAGUCAAAUGGCCGAGUUUCCUGAAAGCAAUCAUCAAGACCUUCGGAGGGAAUUAUGCUCUCAUCGGGAUCCUUGCUUUCAUCGAAGAGUGCGUCCUGAGAGUAUCUCAGCCUGUAUUCAUGGCUCUGCUGAUUCAAUAUUUCUCCGGAAACUGGAAAUAUGGGAACGAGGCGUAUUGGGGCUGGCUGUUUGGCACUGGUGUCAUACUUUGUUCACUUCUGUACACUUUUACGCAUCAUUCCCUCUUUUUCAACAUCUCGAGAUGCGGAAUGCAAAUCAGAGUCGCAUGUGGAUCCCUCAUCUACAGAAAAGCGUUGAAACUGAGCAAAGGUGCUCUUGGCCGAACGACCGUGGGUCAGAUGGUGAAUCUCCUGUCCAACGAUGUCAACAGAUUCGAUCAAUCGGUCAUUUUCCUUCACUACUUGUGGGUAGGACCGAUUCAAGCUGCCAUCACGACCGCAAUCCUCUGGUCGGAAUUGGGUGUCUCCUGUCUCUCAGGCAUUGCCAUUCUCAUCCUAUUCAUCCCCUUUCAAGGUUCUUGUCUAUCCGCUCAUCCUCUUCCCACUGGACCAAAGAAUCGUUUCCAUGCAGAUUUGAAGGAGGUUCAUGUGAUCACAAGGACUUCCUAUCUCCGGGGCAUUAACAUGAGCCUUUUCUAUUCCUCGUCGAAAGUCAUUCUCCUCGUCAAUUUCAUCGUCUAUUUGGCGCUCGGCAAUGAGCUCACAGCUGCCAAGGUAUUUCUUGCCGUGGCUUUAUUCAACAACGUGCGAUUGGUCAUGACGUUCUUCUUUCCAUUUGGGAUUGCUCAAGCAGCGGAAACAGUCAUCUCCAUCAGACGACUUCAGGACUUCCUCCUACAUGAAGAAUUGAGAAAGCCAAACCACUUCAUAGAACCAGGACCCGGCUCCCUCAGCGUUGCUGACAUCAAAGAAACCAAAAGUACUUUGUCCAAGGAUGUAAAUCUGGGAAUCGAGAUGAAGAAUGCAGUAGCGUCAUGGACGAGGAGUCAGGACGACAUUGUUCUCCAUGGCAUCUCUCUAUCCGUGAAACCAGGUCAACUGGUUGCCAUCAUCGGUCCUGUUGGCAGUGGAAAGAGUUCACUAGUGCAAGCGGUGUUGGGUGAGCUACGAUUGAAGAGUGGCGAACUCCGGGUAAGAGGACGAUUAGGAUAUACAGGACAAGAACCUUGGGUUUUUGCCGGAUCUAUCCGUCAAAAUAUCACUUUUGGAAAACCGUAUGAUGAGAAACUCUUUCGCCGAGUCAUCCACGCUUGUGCACUUCACAAGGACCUAGCACAAUUCCAACAUCAGGAUCGGAGUCUGGUAGGGGACCGUGGAAUCACUCUCUCUGGCGGACAAAAAGCCCGGGUUUCUCUAGCCAGAGCAUUGUACCAAGAAGCAGACAUUUAUCUUUUGGACGACCCGUUGUCAGCAGUGGACGCUCAUGUUGGACGACACCUAUUCGACAAGUGCAUCAUGGGGUACUUGAAGGAGAAGCCGAGGAUAUUGGUCACCCAUCAACUUCAGUUUCUCCAAAAAGCAGACAUCAUCAUCGUCCUAUCACACGUAACAUUCAUCAUCCCUGGCUUCCCAAAAUGCUUCUAUGGGAAAGUGGCGACGAGUGGUACUUACGGCGAAUUGUUAAAAUCUGGCUUGGACUUCACGAAAUUGAUGGCUCAACAUGAGACUUCUCCACAUCAUGAGGAAGAGCAGCCUAGGGGACGAGAGAGAACCCACUCCACUGGAAGCAUUCAAAGUUUGGAUUCUCAGUCUGGCAUGGACGAAGGACCUGUCGCUCAAGUAAAGCUUCCCUUGCGAGACACGGCAUUUACACCAGCAUUCACAGAAGAAACGAGAUCUCGCGGGAAUGUGUCAAUGAGGAUAUACUGGGAUUACAUGAGGGCAGGUGCUGGGUGGUUCUCUGUCAUCCUCCUUAUCCUCACAAACAUCAUCACCCAGGCGGUAUUCUCCGCCUCUGAUUGGUGGCUCUCACACUGGACAAAUGCUCAGGAGAGAGCUACAAACGAAACCAAUGGUUCAGUAGGAGAGAUGAUCUUCGGUGAUCCUAAUAUGGAUCCCUGGGCACCGAUGUACGUCUACGCGGCGAUCGUGGUGGCAUUGUUUUUCCUGUCUUUGCUUAGGACGGUUAUGUUCUUCUACAUCAGCAUGAAAUCUUCUGUCAACCUUCAUUCUCGCAUGUUCAACUCUGUACUCCGAGCCCCGGUCAACUUCUUCGAUAACAAUCCAGUUGGUGAGUUCCAUCUUCAUAUUCCUUCUUCCAAGAGGACAUUGGAAUUUGAAUUAGUGAAUGCAAUGAAACUGGGUCAAGGAUACAUAAGUCGGAUCCUGAACAGAUUCAGUAAGGACGUUGGAGCAUUAGACGACAUGCUGCCCCCCACGGCUUUUGACAGCCUUGGAAUCCAAGAGUCAAGCACCGCGGAGCAUCGGGGUGGUAAUGGCCGACCUCGUAUGAUAACGCCCGAGGACAGUAUUGCGAUCGGUUGGUGGAUUCGAAGGGACAAGGAGACAACGGCGGAAGAAAUUGUGAGAGAACAGAGGCCAGCAAAUGUCCAGAAGGACGGGCGCAUUCUGAACCGUUUCUCAAGAGACAUGGGGAAUAUGGACGAACUCCUUCCUCAAAUAUAUGCAGACGUCGUCAUGAUUCUACUCAUGGUCUUGGGAAUAGUGAUAAUGAUAUCGAUUGUGAAUUGGUGGAUAGUGAUUGCCACCGUCCUCUGCUGCGUAAUUUUCGGCUCCCUUCGAAGUUUUUACCUGCACACGGCACGAGACAUCAAGCGACUUGAAGGAGUGGCCUUACAAGUGCUGGGCAUCACAAUCCUGCUCUCGAUUGUCAAUUAUUAUGUUGUGAUUGGUACGUUCAUUGUCAUGGUGGCCUUCGGUCGUCUGCGUCGCUUCUACUUGAAAACUGCAAGAGAUCUGAAGCGGCUGGAGUCCGUCACACGGAGUCCGGUCUUCUCCCAUCUAAGUGCUUCCUUGAACGGGCUGGCGACCAUCAGAGCCUCGCAUACAGAGAACAUCUUCAUGCAGGAGUUUGACAACCAUCAAGAUCUUCACACUUCUUCGUGGUUCCUAUUCUUAUCUGGUACCCGAUGGUUCGGCAUUUGGUUGGACUGGUUAAUCGUUGCCUACCUUGCUGCUAUCACCUACAGUUUUAUGGCAAUUGGCCAAGACGCACUGGGUGGAGAUGUCGGGCUCGCGAUAUCCUCAGCAAUGAUGCUGACGGGCAUGUUUCAAUGGGGAGUAAGGCAGAGUGCAGAAUUGGAGAAUCAAAUGACGUCAGUCGAAAGAAUCAUGGAAUAUACCAAUUUGAAAGGAGAAGCCGCCCUCGAAUCACCGCCUGACAAGAAGCCACCACCUGGCUGGCCAUCGGAAGGUCAUGUGAAAUUUGAGCACGUUUCCCUUCGAUAUGCCCCAGACUCAAAGCCGGUGCUCAAGGAUCUCACAUUCACAAUAGCAGCCAAGGAAAAAGUGAGGAAUCCAGUCUUUAGAAAUCUUCGAUCCCUCCGUGACGACGAUACAAUGCAACCAUACCCUACCUGGAGAACAGGAGCAGGGAAAUCUUCGUUGAUAACCGCCCUCUUCCGUCUGACGGAACCUGAGGGUCGAAUCCUCUUGGAUGGGAGAGACACCAAAGCUUAUGGUCUCCAUGAAGUCCGAAGCGGCAUCGCCAUCAUUCCACAGGAUCCCGUCCUCUUCCAGGGAAAGAUGAGACGUAACCUGGACCCAUUCAAUGAGCAUGCAGACGAGGCUUUGUGGAAAGUCUUGGAACAAGUUCAGCUGAAGGAUGCUGUGAAGGAACUGAAGGAGAAUCUGGACACAAAGCUCUCCGAAGGAGGGAGUAACUUCUCAGUGGGUCAGAGACAGCUAGUCUGUCUUGCUAGGGCCCUCCUUCGACGGAACAAAAUCCUUGUCCUUGAUGAAGCCACAGCCAACGUCGAUCCUAAACCAGUCUUCACAACCCUAUUUGACUUUAGGACAGAUGCCCUCAUCCAAGACACGCUGCGGAAGAGUUUCAAUGACUGCACUGUGUUGACGAUUGCACAUCGUUUGGAUACGAUCAUUGACAGCGAUAGCGUUCUCGUUCUUGACCACGGAGAAAUACAAGAAUUCGGGCGACCGUAUGAGCUGCUGCAGAACAAGAAAGGCUUUUUCUCCGCGCUGAUAGCCCAGACGGGACCAGGAGCAUCCAGACGGCUACAUCUUGCGGCCGCAAUGGCAUACGCGAAGAAGUUUCCAGAGAAACUAUCCAUUCUUCCUCCAUCUCCAUCGGAAGUCCAGGCUGAAGGGGAUGAUGAAUCGGAAUUGAGUUCCGACGACGACAGUGUAUUCACUGGGGAUGCAGCUUCCACUGACCUGUAAUUCUUGUUAAUGGCCUGUUCAAGUGCCUGAUCUCAACACCAAUCCUGUUCGCUCCGUUUUCUUUUUUUCCUCCCUUCCUUUCCCAGUAGACCGCAAAAUUCUGAGUUUCUGAAAUAAGCUGGAAGUACUUUUCUGAUGUGAUCCACAUUCUUCCUGUUAUCUUUCUUUCAGAAUGUUUCCAUUGAGUGCUUGCUAUUUUGUACAUUGGGCCUCGCACCCGUUGGACAUGACAAGAAGAAUAUACUGAAAAGAAAGU